AUGGCGCUUUUCCAACGUUCAUGCACUAAAUUUAGCUGCAUUUUACAAAGUGCAAAACUAACUCCCAGAUAUUACUCAAAGACUGAUCUAUCUUUAGAAAAGAACAUUAAAAAGUCUGUAUUCAUUUCACAAAGCAAAGAUAUUUACACUAAUUUAGCUAUUGAACAGUGGCUUUACAAAAAUUUUGAUUUUACAAAACAUCAUGUUUUAAUGCUAUGGCAGAAUGAUCCGUGUGUUGUUAUCGGCCGCCAUCAGAAUCCCUGGUCGGAAGCCAAUUAUACAGAAUUGGACAACAUCACGGACAAUGGUGUGCAGCUGGUAAGAAGAAGUAGUGGAGGUGGAGCACUCUAUCAGGAUUUGGGCAAUUUGAAUGUGACCUUUUUCACUCCUAGUGAGAGAUUUAAUGCCAGGUACAAUUUUGAGGUCCUAUCAAGAGGGUUGUUUAGAGAAUUUGGUUUAAUGACUGAAGUUUCGUCAAAUGAAUUGGUUUUGAGGAGCAAUAAAGAAGUAUCUGGUACAGCAGCAAAGCUGGGGAGAACCAAUUCGUACCAUCAUUGCUCAUUAUUAGUUUCCACAAAUAAAGUUAAUGCAACCUUGGCACUGCAAAAGCAUGAGGUUUCCAUUCAAUCCAAAGCGACACUCUCCAGGGUGGCGAAGAUGAUGAACUUAUGUGAGGAAAAUACCAAAGUAACAAUUCCCUUGGUUAUGAAAGCGAUUGGCUGGGAAUUCAUGCGGACUACAGCCCUAACUAUGAAAGAUGGCGGCCAGGAACUUGCCAAUAAACAAAAUGGCUUUCAGAUGAUUAAUCCCACGGAAAACUGGUUUCCAGGUCUGAAGGAAAUUCAGGAUUAUUACACCAGUUGGGAUUGGUGCUACGGAAACACACCAAAGUUCCACAUCACACAAUCCUUUCCAGUACCAGGAGGCCUCAUCCAUAAUACUAGCGGCACAUGCGCAGAUGUAAAGGUCACAAUGACGGUAGAGAGUGGCAAAAUCUCCGAUAUUACUCUUUUCGUUCCUGAAGGAUUCUCUAGUUUCGGCUUUACUGGAGAAGCUAAAGUCGUUACAGGUCUCAAAGGAAAAAGGUUCUCAAUUAACGCUUUCAACGAGCUGGAAAAUUCUUUGGAUUCUUUAUUGGACGAAAAGGAAAGAUUCGUUACCGAAUGCGUCCGACAAGUUAUGACAAGUGCUUAGAUCACUUUACUUCUUGCGUUUGUGGCUCUUGGACUCUUUUUGAAUAGAGACGAGCGAAAAUGUUAUACAGGCUUAAUUUUUAAAAGUUAUUCAGCUAUCAAUGUAAUUAAUUAACUUUGGGUGGUAUUAGCUUAAUUGCAAAAUAUAAAAAAAAUAUAUAAUUUACUUUUUUCUUUAUAAGUGUUAACAAUAGGUUUCUAUUAAGAUUUUGUUACUUUGAUUUACUUUGUCAUGUUGCCUCGGCACCUACGACAUUCAAGAAUUCAUCAUAUCAUUAUAAAGAUAUAAUUUUUAUGUAUUAUAUUUUAUUACUUUUAUUUUAUACAAAUAUUUGCUUGUGUUUUGUUUAUGCUGAAUUUAUAUUUUUCAUUUUUGUUUUGAAGCUGUUGUGCCUUAUAUUUUUGUUUAUAAAUGGUAGCUCAUUACUGGGGGAUUUUUGUGUUUUCACAUUAGCAUAUUACUUAUCAAACUAAUAAACCCAAUGAAAGUACCCUAAUUACUAUAUUUCAUAAGUCACUAAUGGCAUUUCACUUUCAGGGUUUUCAGUUUUCAAAUAAAAGUGGAGUAAUUCUGAUAAUUUUGCAAAUAUAAGACACUUGGGUCAUCUAUAAUGGAAAAAGCAAUUAUUAAAUAACUUUUAGAGGUUAUAUAAUAACAAAGUGUUCAUUAUUUGAAACGCUUAUAUUUCCGGGUAUAAGAACUAAUGAAAUAAAUUUGAAGUAAAUGUGUUAAAAUACCAUUAUAGAACCUAAAAGUCUAUUAUCUGAGGCACUCUGUAAAUAAUAGCUGAUUUUACAGCAAAGGGAACUCUCAUGGAAUGAGUUUUGUUUUAUUUUUUUUUAAACAAAAAAAUGCCUUUGGGAGAUUCCAAAAUCUCAUAGUACUGAGCUACCCUAUAUAUGGUAUAUGGGUAAUUUUUAUAAGCAAUAAAAUAGUUUUAUUUAUUGUUGUUUAUUUUUAUUGGCUCUACCGGUAAAGUUUAGGUGAAGUUUCUAUAUUGUAAUAUAAAGUCACAGACAACAAGUCAAACAUUUC